UGUCCUUUUAACUCACCACCCAUCAGUCUCUCACUCUCACUCACUCGGUUUUCUCAUUAUUACCCUUCUAUUGCAUCUGCAUCUCUCUCUCUCUAGAGUUGGUACAGUUUUACUAUAAACACAAGUUAUAGGGUAUAGGGGCUAGGAGAAAAAUGGCAGGUUCAGGAUCCUUUUUAAGUCAAGUAAGCGGAAGAGAAGCAUGGAAAUCAACAUCCAAGAGGUGGGGUGGUAAUAAUAGUUACAUUGGUGGUAGGUGUGAGGGAAGUUUGAAGCAAAUGGAAGGGCUUAACAUGUAUGGAAGUGAGAAUGGUGGGUUGGGAAUGAGGAAGAGAGUGAUGGUGGUGGUGGAUAAUACCUCACAUUCCAAGCAUGCAAUGAUGUGGGCACUCACACAUGUAGCUAACAAGGGUGAUUUGUUUACUCUCCUUCACAUCAUCCCUGGCUCCUCUGAGAGGGCAUCUGACUCCUCAUCUUCAACUUGUUCUCCUGACCUGGCCAACUCUCUUGGAUCUCUUUGCAAGGCUUGUAAACCAGAGGUGGAAGUAGAAGCACUGGUUAUCCAAGGGCCAAAACUGGCAACAGUGAUGAGCCAAGUGAAGAAGCUGGAAGUGUCUGUGCUAGUGCUUGGACAGAAGAGGCCAUCUACACUUUUCAGCUGCUUGUGUGGGUCAGACAGCUCGGAGGAGUUUGUGGAGCGGUGCAUUAACAAUGCUGAUUGUUGGACCAUUGGAGUGAGAAAGCAGAGCAGAGGCAUGGGUGGGUACUUAAUCAGCACUAAAUGGCAGAGGAAUUUCUGGCUCUUGGCUUAGUCCUUGUUAUUAAUUAUGUAAUGAGCUAAUUAUAUACGGGAAGAAGAUAGUUUCUAAUAUUAGCUUUUCUAAGCUUAACUUGUUUAGGGGUGCGGGGGAGAAAUUAAAAUGGUUCUAGAUCCUGUAACUACUAAUCUCUCUAGUCUCUUAUUAAUUGACAAUGAUAAUCCUCCUCUCUCGCUCUCUCAA